GUUGCGUUCGCCGACUGUGGCCCAACUGUAUCUGGCAGAUGAAGACCCUAAUGCUUGGAGGUACACUGGCUAUGCAGGAGCCGUGGCUGUGGUGAAGGAUGGCUACCGCAAAGAUUACUUUAUUCGAGUGCUGUCUCUGGACUCGCCAAGCAAGGUGUUGUGGGAGCAGGCCAUUUAUAAAGAACUGGAUUACGGCUCGGAUAGGACCUACUUUCACACCUUCGAAACGGACAACUGCACGGCGGGGCUUAAUUUCGCCUCAGAGCCAGACGCGCAGGAAUUCCGUGAAGCUGUGAAAGAAGAGAUCAGCAAGAAAAACAGGGCAAAGAAAAAGAUCGCACCCCCCCCGGCUGCGCCUACUGUCACAGCACCACCUCAACAGAAGACUGCACCUGCUGCUCAGCAAACCAGCAAUGUACCCGUUCGGGGUGCCAGAGUGUCAUCCAGCCCAGCGGGUAGGCCCACGAGUCCGAAACCUGAGACUAGCCGUUUCAGCUUAUUCGGGUCGCGGAAAAAGAACAAGGGUCCCAAGAAAUUGACGGCCGAUAUGAUUUCUGGCCCAGCCGAGUUUUCACACGUCUCGCAUAUCGGCUGGGACGCCGACAAGGGAUUCGACACCGACAACAUCCCCGAGGAAUGGCAGACGGUCUUUGACAAGGUAGGCAUCACCAAUGCACAGCUCAAAGCGGACCCUGAGCUGGGCAAGUUCGUGAUGAGUGAGAUGUCAAAUAUGGCCGAGAAGGGGGUCCCCCCCCCUACGGCCCAUGCGCCGCCUGCGCCUGUGCCUAAGCAGAAGUCACCUCCACCCGCCGUCAGCCAGCCCCCUGCACCCGUGGCCGCGGCUGUGACACCGGUUAUAGCUCCUGUCAGCAAACCACCGCCGUCCAGUGGCAGGCCUACGUCACCUCUCAGCCGACCUCCGUCAGGACGUGCACCUGCACCCCCAGCGAGUCGCGCAAAUACCGGACGGUCAGCUCCUCCGCCCCUGCCCCCCACACGCUCACCCAGCGCAAAGAAGAAGCCUGGACCCCCUCCAGCUGCCUACAGCGCUAGUGUUUCCAGUCUGUCAAAGAGAGACUCGACACCACUCGCCCCACCCCCCGCACCUGCAAGCGUUGUCGGUGCAGGUGCACCCCCGCCCCCGCCCCCACCACCCCCGAGUGCCGGUGGACCUCCUCCUCCUCCGCCGCCGCCGCCGCCGCCUCCACCUGCACCUGCGUCUGGGGGACCGCCUCCCCCCCCACCCCCACCCGCAGCGGCAGACAGCUCGUCUCGACCAGCCAGUUCGGGUCAGCCAGCGGACCUGAUGUCGGCGAUUAGGGCCGGUAGCUCGCUGAAGAAGCACACAGACGCACCGUCGUCUCGACCAGGGUCGAGCAGUGGUGGCAACGUAGAUCUCCUGGCACAGAUCCGAGGGGGUGCAUCUCUGAAGAAGGUCGAUGUCACCGAACGUCCUUUAACUCCACAGACGUCCGCUCUCGAUGGAAUGGCUGGAGCGUUGGCUCGUGCGCUGGAGGCCCGUAACCAGGCCAUGGCCGGCAACGACUCAGAUGAUGACGAUGGCGAUUCUGAUUGGGAUGACUAAUGGACCGCAGCCGCAGCUCAACUUCUCGCCAUCGAUGGGAACGAGCACAGAGAUUACAUCACAUGAUAUCAAAAUGAAUAAUUAAAAUAGGUUGUAU